CAGAAAUAUGAUUUCAAAUUUGACCCAAUUGAAAAGAUAACUCCUCCCAGCCAUCACCAUCAAACCUAUGAAGAUAACAACAACUCAUAGUCACAUAUUAUUGCUGCUGCUGUUAGUCCCAUAUAACACAGUUGUUUGUUGCGUAUGGGAGUCAGUUGUUCUGAUUCAACCAGGAAACUCUGCUCCUUUUCCCUUUAGUAGACUUGCGAGGCAGAGAGAGAGAGAGAUAGAAAGGAAAGUUCAUAAUAAUAACAGAGAUGAAAUUUCAGUACUCUAGCAGCUGGCAAUCUGUUCCUGAACAGCCAUUUUCAGCCCCUUUGCAGGAAGCAGACUUUCCCGCCUCUGCCUCUGCCGCAUUUCAGGGAGAUGAAUGUUUCCCAUUUGCAUGGCCGGAAAACUACUGCGAUGUCGGCAGCCAAGAAUCCAUCGAAGAAAAAGCUGCUUCCAGUUCAAGGAGCCAUAAACAAGCUGAGAAGCGCCGAAGAGACAGAAUCAACACACAACUUGGCGUUCUCAGGAAACUCAUCCCUAAUUCCGACAAAAUGGACAAGGCGGCGCUGCUGGGGAGCGCGAUCGAACAGGUGAAAGAGCUGAAGAGGGAAGCGAAAGAAGCAGUGGAGAGAAACCUAACCAUUCCAUCCGAAGUGGACGAGAUCUCCGUCGACGUUUGCCAGGAUGUCGGCGCCGGCGUGCUGAUAAGAGUGAGCGUUUCGUGCGAGGACAGGCCGGAGGUGAUGUCGGAGCUGAUACGUGUCGUGAGAGGGCAGAGGCUGGAGAUUGUGAGGGCCGACAUAACAAGCGUCGGAGGGAGAAUCAAAAGCAUCCUUAUACUGUCCAAAAACGGCGGAGGAAUUGGGGGAAGUCAAGGGAAAGUGUGUGUGAUGGCGAUAAAGCAUUCGCUGAACGUCGUACUGAGCAGAAUCGCGGCGGCUUCGGUGCCGACGAGCUACCGUAUCAGGAGCAAGCGGCAGAGGUUCUUUCAGGCCGCCGAUUGAAUUGACAUUACGGGUCUCUCCUUCUUUUCUCUCUUCUUUGGGAACCUCUUCCGCCGUGAAUUGAGGUCUGAGUCAGCAAAAUCAAAAGCAUGCGCUAGAGAAAGUCGAUUACUGUUUCAGUUUUUGUA